AUGCUAGGCCCUUACGCUAGGCCCUUCGACAGCAACAACAGCGACAGCAACAACAGCGACAACAACAACAACAGCGACAACAACAAUAGCGACACCAACAACAGCGACAACAAGAGCAGCGACAACAACAGCAGCGACAACAAGAGCAGCGACAACAACCGCAGCGAAAACAGCAACAGCGACAACAACAACAUCGUCAACAACAACAGCGACAACAGCAACAGCGACAACAACAACAGCGACAACAACAACAGCGACAACAUGAGCAGCGACAACAAGAGCAGCGACAACAACCGCAGCGACAACAGCAACAGCGACAACAACAACAGCGUCAACAACAACAGCGACAACAGCAACAGCGACAACAACAACAGCGACAACAACAACAGCGACAACAACAACAGCGACAACAACAACAGCGACAACAACAACAGCAACAACAACAACAGCAACAACAACAACAGCAACAACAACAACAGCGACAACAUGAGCAGCGACAACAAGAGCAGCGACAACAACCGCAGCGACAACAGCAACAGCGACAACAACAACAGCGUCAACAACAAUAGCGACAACAACAACAGCGUCAACAACAACAGCGACGAUGACAACACACCACAACAACAACAGCGGCGACAACAUCAACAACAGCAACAACAGCGACAACAACAACAGCGACAACAAAGAACAGCGACAGCAACAACAGCAACAACAACAACAACAACAGCAACAACAACAACAGCGACAACAACAACAUCGACAACAAGAGCAGCGACAACAGCAGCAGCGACAACAAGAGCAGCGACAACAACCGCAGCGACAACAGCAACAGCGACAACAACAACAGCGACAACAAGAACAGCGCCAACAACAACAGCGACAAUGACAACACACCACAACAAUAACAGCAGCGACAACAACAGCGCCAACGACAACAGCAACAACAGCAGCAGCAGCAACAACAACAACAACAACAACAACAACAACGACAACAACAACAGCGACAACACCAACAGCGACAACAACAACAACAGCGACAACGACAAUAACAGUUGUGAGUUCUUUUUUCAGGAUCUCCUAGGCUGGCGGAGCAUCAAAGAUGCACAAAAGUGGGCUGCGGACAAGUGGGGCGCGAAAGCACCUGAGUGGAAGACGACAAUGGUUGAGGUCCCAGGGGUGUUGGAGAAUGGCCGUCCCGUCUAUGUGCCCUUGAAAUACACGGACACUCUCAAGGUGGUGCAGGCGAUUUUCGAAGACCGAUGCAACCAGAAAGGAUUCGCACUAUACCCGAGCAAGAAAUUUCGCAAUGGGAAGAGGAUUUAUACACGCCCUCAACAUUGCAACUGGUGGCUCGAAGCCCAGAGCUCAAUUUUGAGUGUGGAGGUAAGUCCAGAGGGGUAUGCGAGCUCGGAUCGGAGCGUGGAGGUAAGUCCAGAGGGGUAUGCGAGCUCGGAUCGUAGCGUGGAGGUAAGUCCAGAGGGGUAUGCGAGCUCGGAUCGGAGCGUGGAGGUAAGUCCAGAGGGGUAUGCGAGCUCGGAUCGGAGCGUGGAGGUAAGUCCAGAGGGGUAUGCGAGCUCGGAUCGGAGCGUGGAGGUAAGUCCAGAGGGGUAUGCGAGCUCGGAUCGGAGCGUGGAGGUAAGUCCAGAGGGGUAUGCGAGCUCGGAUCGGAGCGUGGAGGUAAGUCCAGAGGGGUAUGCGAGCUCGGAUCGGAGCGUGGAGGUAAGUCCAGAGGGGUAUGCGAGCUCGGAUCGGAGCGUGGAGGUAAGUCCAGAGGGGUAUGCGAGCUCGGAUCGGAGCGUGGAGGUAAGUCCAGAGGGGUAUGCGAGCUCGGAUCGGAGCGUGGAGGUAAGUCCAGAGGGGUAUGCGAGCUCGGAUCGGAGCGUGGAGGUAAGUCCAGAGGGGUAUGCGAGCUCGGAUCGGAGCGUGGAGGUAAGUCCAGAGGGGUAUGCGAGCUCGGAUCGGAGCGAGGGGUAUGGGAGCUCGGAUCGGAGCGUGGAGGUAAGUCCAGAGGGGUAUGCGAGCUCGGAUCGGAGCGUGGAGGUAAGUCCAGAGGGGUAUGCGAGCUCGGAUCGGAGCGUGGAGGUAAGUCCAGAGGGGUAUGCGAGCUCGGAUCGGAGCGAGGGGUAUGGGAGCUCGGAUCGGAGCGUCGAGGUAAGUCCAGAGGGGUAUGCGAGCUCGGAUCGGAGCGUGGAGGUAAGUCCAGAGGGGUAUGCGAGCUCGGAUCGGAGCGUCGAGGUAAGUCCAGAGGGGUAUGCGAGCUCGGAUCGGAGCGUGGAGGUAAGUCCAGAGGGGUAUGCGAGCUCGGAUCGGAGCGUGGAGGUAAGUCCAGAGGGGUAUGCGAGCUCGGAUCGGAGCGUGGAGGUAAGUCCAGAGGGGUAUGCGAGCUCGGAUCGGAGCGUGGAGGUAAGUCCAGAGGGGUAUGCGAGCUCGGAUCGGAGCGUGGAGGUAAGUCCAGAGGGGUAUGCGAGCUCGGAUCGGAGCGUGGAGGUAAGUCCAGAGGGGUAUGCGAGCUCGGAUCGGAGCGUGGAGGUAAGUCCAGAGGGGUAUGCGAGCUCGGAUCGGAGCGUGGAGGUAAGUCCAGAGGGGUAUGCGAGCUCGGAUCGGAGCGAGGGGUAUGGGAGCUCGGAUUUGAGUGUGGAGGUAAGUCCAGAGUGGUAUGUGAGCUCGGAUCGGAGUGUGGAGAUAAGUCCAGCGUGGUAUGUGACUCGGAUCUGA